CUGCUGCUACACAGUAUCCUGUUUCUCCUCGGCGAACGGAAAAAGAUUUAAACAUGUCUGGACGUGGUGGCAAAAGCGGCAAAGCGAGAGCUAAGGCAAAGUCUCGCUCCUCACGAGCCGGGCUUCAGUUCCCUGUCGGUCGUGUUCACAGGCUGUUGAGGAAGGGGAACUACGCAGAGCGUGUCGGUGCUGGAGCACCAGUGUAUCUAGCGGCUGUGCUCGAGUAUCUGACCGCUGAGAUUCUAGAGCUAGCAGGAAACGCUGCCCGCGACAACAAGAAAACCAGGAUCAUUCCCCGUCACCUGCAGCUGGCUGUCCGUAACGAUGAAGAGCUGAAUAAGCUGUUGGGUGGAGUGACUAUCGCUCAGGGUGGUGUGCUACCCAACAUCCAGGCCGUGCUUCUUCCUAAGAAAACUGAGAAGGCGAAGUAAACCUCCAGUAUUUCAUAAAACGGCUCUUUUAAGAGCCACACCAACUUAAGAGUUAUCCUCUAAUCACAACCCCUGCGCUAACAUUUACAAUGUGAAUUACUAUGACACAGAUUAUUGUGUGUUCUGUGUUGGAUGACCUGACGAGACCAGGAACUAAAGCGUUCCCAUUUUAAUAAUUUCACUUUUAUUUUUUUUUAUUUUUUUCAAAAUGAUCACCUCAGAUUCACCAAGAUGGUUGGCUGCAUCUAUUAGUGAGGUGUCGGUCGCGAACGAAAUCGCUUAGAGCCAGAUCUUUGACGUGAACAACGCGAACCGGCUCCUCAUCGCGAGCUGUGUUUUAGCACAGGGUCUAUCAUGUUGCCGAGCACAAAGCACUCGAAUGUGAUGAGCUUUCAAUUGUGUUAUUUAAUUGAUCUCGGUAGCUCUGUUUUGGAAGUUCAGUUAACGCUAGAAAUGUCUUUUGGAGUUUGUACUGUUUUGUCUCUUCGGUCCACAGCAUAUAUUUAUAUAUCAACACA